CCUCCCUUGGCUUCUUCCUUCGUAUAAUGAAUCAUUCAACACACAAACACAAAUAAAGGAUUUAAGAGCAACCUUUUAAGCAUAUAUAGCCAUGCAGCGUGUAUCAGCAACGUUGUGCCACAAGAUGGCUCACCCGGCAUGCGAUGUUUUCAUCAACCACCGUGGCAUCGACACCAAAAGGAACAUUGCCGGCUUGUUGUAUGACCGGUUAACGGCAAUGGGUGUCAGGAGUUUUUUGGACAGCAUGAACAUGAAACCGGGGGACAGGCUCUUUCAACAUAUUGAUAGGGCCAUUGUCGGAAGCAAGGUUGGCGUCGCUGUAUUUUCGCCGCGCUAUUGCGAGUCCUACUUUUGUCUCCAUGAGCUCGCUCUGCUCAUGGAGUCAAAGAAGAGGGUUAUCCCCAUCUUCUACAAUGUUAAGCCUUCACAGCUCGUCGUCAAGGACAACAAGACUUGUCCGGCGAAAGAGCUGCGGAGGUUUAGUUUGGCGCUUGAGGAAGCUAAAUAUACCGUUGGAUUAACGUUUGAUCCUUUAAAAGGGGACUGGUCGGAGAUGUUAAAAGACGCUUCAGAAGCAGUGAUAAUGAACUUACUUGAAGUUGAUGAGGAAGAGAGUAAGCGCAUGAAGAGGAGGCCUUGAAUAUUAUUAUUAUUAUUAUUAUUAACAAGUUCUUGUGAUCAUAUUAAAUAUGAUCAAACCCAUAUACGUACUAGACCCUCUAACAUCACCAAUAAUUCUUUGGCCUUUUAACUAGGUCUCAACACAUACAUUAUUUAAGUUACUAUAACUAUAUUCUUUGAUUUUCUUGAUGACCCCAUACAUAAAGAAUAGUUUGACUGGCUUAGGUUUCAAUCCCUUCCUAGCUAGUGCCAUGAGCCGAUAGAAGUAUAGA